UAGCCAUACCGUACUGUCAAAGUGAGUGUCUAAUGUCUAUCAAAAACGCUGAUUUACACUUAAUGUAUUGUUAACCUUUCGGCAAACAUUUCUGUUUUACAAAUCUACAGUACCGGUUAACACAAUUUAUUCACAUUAAUCCUCGUUUGUAUAAUAAAAAAAUUAUAUACAUUUCUCAAAACAGUAAUAUCCAAAAGCCGAAUUUGCUAUAAUAUUUCUCAUUAUGUCUGGUGCAAAAAUUAUCGAGCUGCGUAGUGAUAUCGACGAAUUAAAUGAACUGCUUAAACAAGCCAAACGCAAGAAAGUUCUGGAUAUUCUUUCUCUGGAAAUCCGCAAACUUGAAACAGAAUUAAUUACUCUUAAGGAGAGCGAGAAAAAUGAAGCUGCUAUGGAUGUUUCUCCUACACCCACUACAUCCACACAGUCACAAAAGCGAUACCAAAUAAAAUUAAACGGAUAUGGCUGGGAUCAAUCAGAUAAAUAUGUUAAAAUAUUUGUAACACUCAAGAAUGUGCAAAAUGUACCAAAAGAACAGGUCUACUGUAAGUUGACUGAGCGAUCAAUGGAGCUACAUGUUGACAAUUUGGAGAAUAAAGAUUAUUUGCUUGUUAUCAACAAACUGCUGAACUCUAUAAAUGUUGAGGAAAGUCAUUGGAAACAAAAAACAGACAUGGUUGUCAUUUUCCUGGCCAAAUCACAACAGAAUAUCAAGUGGUCUCACAUGACAGAACUUGAAAAGAAAUUCGAAGACCAACGCAACAACAAAUUUAAGACUGAUGAUAUGGAAAAGAAAGAUCCACAAGAAUCUAUCAUGAGUCUUAUGAAGAAUAUGUAUGAAACUGGUGAUGAUGAAAUGAAAAGAAUGAUUUCAAAAGCUUGGUAUGAAGGUCAACAAAAGAAGAAGUCAGACACAUUGGACCUCUGAUGUGCUUGUAUAAUUUUUUUAAGACCAUAUUUUAAGUUACAUUUAUCUGUAAGAAUAAUUUCAAAACAAACUAGAAUAUUUUAUUUCUUGUAAGAGCAAUUAUAAUUGUACUUGCAUUGAUGUUGUAGGCUAUUGAAGAUAUUAAAAACAUUACAUUUUGAA